AAGCAAGCAGUAGCCAAGAAACCGAAGCAAAGCUGCAAGCUAGUAUCGAUCCUACAACCCCAUCCAUCCAUGGAAGACCCCUACACGAGCUUCUUCAAGAACAGCUACUACUACUACGCCUCCUCCUACCCCGCUGCCCCAGCUCCCCACCGCCUCCCUCCUCCCAUCCCACCGUACACCACCCUCUACCCAGCCGCCGCGCCUCAGUACCACCACCCUGCCUGCUUCUUCCAGCCGCCAGCGCCGACGCUGCCGCCGCCUCUCAACGACAGCCCGCCGUCACCGCCGCUACGGGAGGCUCUGCCCCUCCUGUCCCAGUCGCCUACUCGCGCCGCCUCCCGGGCCCGGCCGCACCCGCACGUGGCGGUGGACUCCGACUCCGACGACGACGCCGACGACUUCCUGCUAAGGGAGGCCGCCGUCGGCAGCUCCGUGACCCCCUCGGCAUCGACGCGCGCGCCGCUCUUCGCCGACCUCAACCGCGUGCCCUCCUGCUGCGACGACGACGGCGGCGGCGACCCGAUGGACCUGGAGCCCGCGGUCGCGCUGCGCAUCGGCCUGCCACCUGCUCCCGCCAACGGCUGCGGUGCCCCGGAGGCUGACCUCCUGUCCGGGCUGUCCGGAAGGGCGGGCUGUGGUGGCAUGGAGGCCGAGGAGGACGAGGACGAGUGCAAGGUGGGCGACGGGGACGAGGUGGUGCCGUUAGGGUUCGCGUCGACGCCCAUCGGGAGCCUCAACAAGGGGCAGUACUGGAUCCCGACGCCGGCGCAGAUCCUGAUCGGGCCUACGCAAUUCUCGUGCCCCGUCUGCUACAAGACCUUCAACCGAUACAACAACAUGCAGAUGCACAUGUGGGGCCACGGUUCGCAGUACCGCAAGGGCCCGGAGUCCCUCCGCGGCGUGCAGCCGACGGCGAUGCUCCGGCUGCCGUGCUACUGCUGCGCGCCGGGGUGCCGCAACAACAUCGACCACCCGCGGGCGCGGCCGCUCAAGGACUUCCGGACGCUGCAGACGCACUACAAGCGCAAGCACGGGCUGAAGCCGUUCCUGUGCCGCAAGUGCGGCAAGGCGUUCGCCGUCAAGGGCGACUGGCGCACGCACGAGAAGAACUGCGGCAGGCUCUGGUACUGCCUGUGCGGCUCCGAGUUCAAGCACAAGCGCUCGCUCAAGGACCACGCGCGCGCCUUCGGCCACGGCCACGGCGCCUUCGGCUGCAACAACCUCGACGGCGACGGCGACGGCGACGGCGGUGCUGGCGGCGGCGCCAACGGCCUCGACGACGACGACGACGACGGCGCCGUCUCCGAGAUCGAGCACGACUACUGCGCCGCCGCGCGGUGAUCGAUCGUGCAUCGAUCUGUACGUGGUGGGUGCCAGUGCCACACUAGCUAGCUAGUAGCUUGCUUGCUCUAGUAGUGCUAUAUAUACCCGGCUGACCGGCGGUGUUAAUUUCUUGUUCUCUCGCAUGCAUUGUUAGUUUGCGGCGGCCGGGCUGUAUUACGUGUUGCGGCCGGCCCGGCCCCGGCCUGUCGUUGUUUGCUUUUGCUCUAAUUAGGGUUGUGGAGGUCGUCCUGAUGAUUUAUAUCCAUCUCUAAGCUAGCUACCUGAAGGUACGUUAUUAGUUUGUGUCUUUUACUCUGUUAUUCGUGCCGAUCCAUCGAGAGGAGAGGACUCCACUCUUAUUAUUAGCAUAGCUGCAGGUAGUAGAAGAAGAAUGCUGUCGUUAUUGGGUGCGCA